AUGAAUGUAAUUGAAAACGCCGAAAAAGAAUGUUCGAUACUUGGUGCAUUAUUUCAAAGUAUUGUCAACGAAAUGAAGAACAGUUCAACAUUAUGGGAAGAUUUGGUGACGAAAGCAAGCAAGCUACAUGUUCAACUGAAAGCUACUCUUAUCGCUUUCAGUUCAUUUUUGGAUGCAUUUCAACGAAUUGCCGAUUUGGCAACAAAUACAAAAGGUCAAACGCGCGAUAUUGGCACAGCUUUAACUCGUCUAUGUUUAAGACAUAAAGCAAUUGAGCAAAAAUUAAAAUCUUUUACUAGUUCUUUAGUUGAAUCAUUUGUUCAACCAUUAAAUGAACGAAUUGAAGAUUGGAAAAAAUCAGCAAAUACAUUAGAUAAAGAUCAUGCAAAGGGACUUAAAGAUUAUAAGAAACUUCGUAAUGAACUACGAAAAAAAGCUACUGAAACAGUUAAAUUACAGAAAAAAUGUAAAAAAUUACCAAAAAAUGAUAUAUUGCAUAAUAAAUUAAACAGUGCUAUUCAAGAAGUUAGUAAUUAUUAUUCAAUGCUUGAAGAACGAGAAAAACAAGCAUUGCGAUCGGCAAUGAUUGAAGAAAGAAGUCGCUUUUGUACAAUUUAUAAUUUAAUUAAACCAAUUAUGGAACUUGAAAUAUCGAUGUCAACUGAAAUGAGUCAUGUUGAUGAUAUUGUACAGUGUUUAAAUAAACAAACAGCAGAACCAAAUUGUUUACCAAGUGCAAGUGAACAAGUCAUUAAAGAUAUUAAAGGAAUUGAUUAUAGUACAAUUGUUGCAUUUAAAACACCUCCAUCGUCGCCCGGUUCUCUCAGUAGUCGAAAAUCAAGUGUUUGCUCUAUAAAUAGCAUUAGUAGUUCAUCGAGUAGUUCAACAAAUUCACGUAGCCCUCAACAUAAUAAACAAAUACCAAUUGUAAAUCACAAUGGUCAAUAUAUUCAUCCACAAUACAAUCAAAACAAACCGAUACCAGGUGCUGUUGCUGUUAGCCGAUUAUCUAGUGUAUCUUCACAAGAUUCAGGAUUUACAUCACAAGAGCAGUUUUUUGCUCGACCACCAUCUCCUCUUGAAGAGUCAGAGCGCGAAUUAGAUGGUAGUGCUAGUCCAUUACUUGUUGUUUGUAGUACAUUGAAUGCGUGGGCUAAAAGACCAGAGCCAUCAACAGGAAAACAUCCUCAUACGGUGACGGGAGCACCUGAACCAGCCAAAUGCUCUCGUCCUGCGAUCACUGCUCAUACAUUUGAUCCACCUGAUCCAAGUUUAUUUGAAAAACCAAAUUGGAAUAUUAGUGAAGAAACUGGUCAACAAAUGCGUUCACCACUAAUAUCUGAAGAUGGUCUAUAUGGUGGUUUGUCUCGUCAACAUUCUGUACCAUCUCGUCGUUAUCGUAUGAGAGAUUUAAGUCUUGACCGACGUUCACCAAGGCGUGAUCAUCCAAAUGCAAGAUUAAAACCCACUAAACCGCCUUCAUUACCAGAAUAUUAUGGCACACGACCGAAUAUGUCGUUAGACGAAAAUAAUGAUCAACAACGUCGAAUAAGAAGUGCAACAUUAUCUUCAGAAGCAACUGCAAUUGAUACAAAAUCUAUUGUGUGGCGUGAUCGUAAUCGUCAUCAAACACAUAACUCAUCAACAACUACUCUCUUACAAGAAACACAGUAUACAACAAGUGCCUACUACGGUCAAUUGCAACCGUCAUUUGAAUCAGUCGAUGAAACACUUGAUGAAAUGUAUGAAUACCUGUCAAGAAGUGUGCCAAGUAAUGAUUGUAACCAACAAAAUUCAUCAUCAAAUAAAAAUUCUAAUGAUGGUCUUCGUCGUGGUAUGUCUGUCAUAGAAAAACCGGCACCACCUAUUCGGCGUACACCGUCGAUGAAUACAUCAACGACGACAUACAAACUGUCUUCAUCCGCGUCAUUAAUGGCAAAAUCGUGUGUAAAAGAUGACGCCUAUAUCGAACUUCAAGCACGUCUCAGAGCAAGACUUAAACGUGCCGAAGAAUUAGCUGAUGUUGUUGAAUAUCAAUCAACUACCAAUGGAAACAGUAUAACCGUUGUAAAUGUUAAUAAUAAUAAUAAUAAUAAUAAUACGAAUGAUAUUAAUAGUAAAAACCCAAGAUCUAUGCAACAACAACACUCGACAUCUAGAAGCAAUCAUAAUGACACUAACGUUGAUGAUUUUCCUCCGCCACCACCUGAUUUCUUUUUUAGCGAUUGUCAAAAGUCAACAAAUUGCAAUCGUUCUGUACAUAUAAAUAAUUCAUCUAACAUCGUAUCGAUACCGAUUCAAAAUAACACGAAUGAAAUGACGAAGAAUUCGUCGUUUCUUCAGGAAAUACAACGUGGAAUUAAACUUCGUAAAACAGUCACGAAUGAUAAAUCAUUACCGAGAAUGAAAUAA